GGUUCUCUUGGAGAGGCUUCCAUCCCCAGCCAGAACCUUCCCGAUCCUCCCACUCCCAGCCCUCUCGCCGCCUCCGCGCCCCUCCGGUCCGAUCGCCUCGCCGCCGCUUGGAACCGUGUUUGAUAGUCGGUAAACCAUGUUCAAGAAGAAUGUCGAGGCGAAAGCUCUACAGCGCUUGUCAGGUGCUGACAAAAAGAAGCUGAGAAGAACUGCCAAGCUAAGGUUUCCGCAGGCUUCUGAUGAGGAUAUUGAUGCCAUCCUUCCCCCGAAGGUUGAGAUAACAGUCGCUAAGUACCCAAGUCGGACUCUUGUUUAUGGAAUAGAAGGGGAACUCCCGAUGAUAUUCGACAUUGAUGGAAGAGGCCAUGAGCUGUUUCCAACAGUUUAUGCACUCUGGAAGGUUCCUGAUCUGUUGCCAGCUUUUACGCUUAAGGGUGGUGAGGUUUCACACUAUAUUCUUGGUGGCGCUGAUCUUAUGUUUCCUGGUAUCCGCAUACCCCCAGAAGGGUUACCAUCUUUUCAGGCUGGCCAACCAUGGUCAGUUAAAGUCCCUGGUAACCCUGCUCCAAUUGCUGUUGGGACCACAACUAUGAGUGAUGCUGAAGCAUUAAAGGCAGGAUUACGUGGCAAGGCUUUACGGAUUGCACAUUACUACAAGGAUUUGUUAUGGGCUUCAGCUGAUGGUCGUUAUGUUCCAAAUGAGGGAUUUUAUGAUGACAUGGUUGUUGAAGAUCCUAAUUUUGCUUCAGCUUCUCAACAUGACUCUUCUGAAGAUCCUGCAGAUGGGAAGCAAGACAAAGCAGAUGCCGAUGCUUCAGACAAUCACGCUGGAGAUCCUUCUGUUGACAGUGAAACCAUAGAAGAUGUAACUGCUGGCAUGAGCGAGCUAAAUUUGCCUGAACAGAAAACUACCGAAGAACCAACCGAGGAGAAGGAACAUCAACAUUUGUCUACUGAAGAAAUUGAUUCUCUCUUGGACAAAUGCCUUCUGCAAGCAAUACACACGAAUGUGAAAGAUAAAGACCUCCCUAUGCCAGGAAGUACAUUGUGGUCUAAUCACAUACUCCCCUGCAGACCUCCAGGUGUUACUCUGGAUAUUAAGAAGUCAUCGCACAAAAAACUAUCCAAGUGGUUGCAGUCAAAAUCUUCAUCUGGCCUUAUCACUGCAAAAGAGGACAAGCAUAAAAAGGAAGUCGUUUUGACUGGUAUCAAUCGUAAACAUCCAGAUUUCAUGGCCUUUAAACCAGAAAAGAGGGUACAGGAGCCUGUUGAGCAGCACGAUAAUGCUGUCGCCGAAGGUAGCGGCUCAAACCAACUGGAAGUGGAGGAAACUUAUAAGCCAAGUUCUCACGUCAACCCCAUAUUUUUGGCUGUUGGAGCUGACGCAGGGAAGUAUUACAGUGCAUCAGAGGCAUCUGAUGUAGUUUUCAGGUAUGUAGAAAAGGAAAAUCUGGUUAAGCCAGCAGACAAGGCUAAAGUAAUUCUGGAUGUUACCUUGUGUGAUGCUCUGUACAAAGGAGCUGUCAAAAAGGGUUCAGCAUACCCGAGUGAGAUUCACAAGAAGGAUUUGGGGUCAACGUUUAUAAACCGUAUGCAAAUCCAUCAUAGAGUGGCUAGAGGAAACGAGGUGGUUGUACGCAAGGGUGCCAUACGUACUGUUCAGAUCAUGACAGAAAGAAGGCAGGGAAACAAGAAGAUGACCCGAGUCUCUGGAUUGGAGUGCUUUUUGCUAGAAGCUGACUCGUUAGCUUCUGAACUACAGAAGAAAUUUGCUUGCAGUACCACAACAGCUGAGCUUCCAGGUAUCAACCCAUGUGAACAAACUAGCGAUAUUAUGCAAGCAGUACGUAUUAAAUUUUGCCUUGUAACCAUUUCAGGUAAAAAGGGGCAAUACGAGGUGCUGGUUCAAGGUGGAGUCAUCGAAAACCUCGCAAAGCACCUCGUUGACCAUUACGGUGUUCCAAAGAGAUACAUUGAGGUUUAUGACAAAACAAAGAAGUAGGAGGGGGAGCUGACUCCUGGGGAGCGCGGACAUUGUUGAUAUCUGUCUGGUUCAGGAUUCUUGGGUAUCUGAUUUGAGUUCUGAGACUGCAUGUUUCCAGAUGUGGAUGGUGGCAUCGUGUGAAAUUUGUGAGUUGUACUUAUUAAAGCUAUCAUCUUCGGUGUAAACAUCCAGUGGAGGUUAUUCGUUUGCUUAAUUUGUGAGAUAUGUUUGCUUCACUCUAGUUUUAUUAACAGAUAAAUGAUUUUGAUCCUGUUCAUUAUACGAUUAUCGAUAAUUAUCUGAAUUACAUUUGCUGCA